AUGACAGACCAAUUGAAUACCAGUAACGACCAAGCAUCAGACAACAACAAUGGCAAGGAGAUCGGAGAUAAGGUAGACGAGUGGCACAAGCGCGGCGUUACAAAGAAUUACUAUCGAAUGGAGGCUAAGCAGGCUCUAAAACAUAUCGAAGACCUCCGGAAGCCUGGUUUCGAAGUACCGUUGGAAAAAAUAGAAGACGAUGAGCGUCGAAUCUUGAAGAAUCGCACGAGGCUCUGCAAAGUUCAGAGUACGAAAGAACUGCUAGAAAAAUUGCAAAAGUCGUUCGAGGAUUGGUGGGUCGAAGCAAAGAGCGACAAGGACACAGUGAUUAAACAUUCAUGGGAUCAGCGUUGGAAACUCGUCAAACCCCAAAUCUGCUCCGAGCCUGGCAAAGACGCGAGGGGAACCAGAGAUAGCGACGACCCUGACGACCCUGCACACGACUACAACGCCGCUUUCAUGUUCUUCGAGAAAGACGAACAACAUUGGAAAGGGGUGACUUAUCAAGGUCAAGCGUUUCCGAAGUAUGAGAACUUUCCCCACCAGAGAAUAUCGGUCCACAAAGCUUUGUAUGACAACACUCACAACCCAUUCGAUGUCACUCAAGAUGAGAAUGGUCAACGGUAUCUGCGGUACAUCCAUUUACCAGCAAACCAUAUGGGUCAAGCUAUGUCCAGAUACCAUUGCGAACACGAGAAAGACACGGAUAAGAGAGUGAAGACCAACCAGACUCUGUCCCGUGAAUUUUGGAAAGGCCAAUUGCACGGCAGCGGCCUGGGGAGAAAUCCGAUUCACGCCACACACAUGAGAUCUCGUUGUUCUGUCAUUCCAGGAGUGAGCCCAACAGCGGUAGAAUCGAAAAUGGGCUUACGAGUGGAGAGGAGGUCUCUACAAAAAGAUGUGGCUGUAUUUGAAGAGGAGGCCAAAAAUGGGCCCUUGAAACACCGUUCUAACAGGUCCGCAACGAUGAGGCAAAACCUACAAAAGUACAAGGUCCAGUUCCAGCCACCAAAGCAUGACCCUCGUGAGCUAGUGGAGAAGUGGAAAGAGAAACGCGAGGAACCAUCAAAGCUUGGACGAUACCUUCUGCACCUCGCGCAGCUAUGGGAAGCCAUGGAUGUGGAGCUUGACGAGAGGCUAGUGAAGAAAAGCCUGGUAUCACGGGACACCGAAGGCAGGGCAUCGGAACCAUCCCUGCAUGUUCGCCGAACGUUGGAUCAGUCCUACUUCCUGAACCUCAACGAUACUUCUCAACGUGACCAAGACCAGGUUGUGUAUCGUGCGACACAGGGGCGAGGGAACCUCACACGUGUUGUGAUGGUUGACCAGCUAUGGCUCUGGGUCCUAGACGAACCAUUCAUCAUCAUCGAUCAAUGUUCCAGUGUGUUCUUCGACCGGACAAAACCCCUGGACCUUAGACCCGAAGUGAUGGAUAUCUUCGCAGAAACACUCGGUGACGUCAAUCAUUAUACCACAAUCGCCUUCAAAACGUUUUGGAGACAUGUUGAAGGCUUCUCCCAGCAUCGUGAAAACACUGGCUCGAAUAGGCAAAGCCAGAGAUACCUCGAUAUUAACCCAGAAGGCACGCUGCUCAGAGAAGCUCAAGAUAUUGCAGAAGAAUUGCGAAUCAUGACCGGCAUCUUUUCUCAACAGCUCGGCGUCGUCAAAAGCUUUCAGAAAUGUUUAGAGCACAUGAAUGGAGACCCAAACACUCGGACAAAACCACAUCACUGGGCGAAGACACUGCAGCAUUUGGUUGACCUGACAAAGGGGCAGGAAACAGCUUCCCCAUGUCAUAAUGAGAAGCCUAUCUCGUCAGUAGAGAUGGAUUUUCUGGAAGACUUGGUUGAAGAGGUGGAAAACCGGAAGUCGGAGAUUACGGAUUUGGAGAGUGCGGCACUGCAGACCUGCCAGCAGCUGCAAGAGCUCUUGUCACUCAAACAACAGCAAGCAAGCAUAGUCGAGGCAAAGGCCGCCCUCGACAGGGCAGACCAGAGUGUCGAGCAGGGGAAAGCCAUAAUGGCAUUCACGAUCAUGACAAUUAUCUUCACCCCUCUAGGAUUUUUCACGUCUUUUUUCGGUAUGAACAACUCACUCACCGGCGCCGACUGGAUGUCACUUGGCUACCAGUGCCUCUAUAUGUUGAUCAUCAUCUGCGCCUUAUCACUCGCAUUUAAGGGCAGCAAGAUUCGACAGUUUGUAAAAUCACCUUUAGGACAGUUCGUGAAGUCACCAUUUGGACAAUUCAUAAAACCACUCCUUGGAAAGUCCACAAAGCCACUCAAAAAGUUUGCAUUCAAGAAGCAGGGUAGGAAAAAUGUGGAUGGCGAGAAGCAAAUCGAAGAGGUGGACGUGGCUCCAUCCUCUGCAGUGGAUAUUGCGAAGAGGUAUUUCCAGGUUGUUGGUGGCCGUGACCUAGAGGCAGGCGUAAGGAAAACAGGGCGCCGCGGCAGCCAGGCGCCGAAACUUGUGGAAAAUAUCAUGCCAAACCACAAGUGA